GUUCAACUCCUCAUCACAGCUUGUGGCCUCUGUGACCUCUCCCAUCAGCCCCAACAGACCAGGACAGUGACACGCACAAAACUCAUAUCCCAGCUGGAGCUGCGACUGUGCUUGUCAAGUGGACUGCCUUGACAGGUGGUGAGCACCCCGUCACUGGGAAGAUCCAAGCAAGGCUUCCAUGGAGGAAAGUUCAUACUCAGAGGUUUUGAAGUUUCACAGAAGACAUCAGCCGUGCUGCAGACGGGGGAUACAGGUUGCCCUGUUGGGGUUGCUGACCGCAGCACUGUGGACCGGACUGCUGACCCUGCUUCUCCUGUGGCAUUGGGACACUGAGCGGAAUCUGAAACAGCUGGGAGAGACGGCUGCCUGGAACAUCUCUCAGGUUUCCAAGGACUUGGAAAGACACACAGGUGACCAGAUGGCCCAGAAAUCCCAGGCUUCCCAGAUGUUGCAGAACAUGGAGAAAAUCGGAGCAGAACAGAAGAAAAUGAAAACUCAGGACUCUGAGCUCUCCCAGAACCUGUAUGGACUUCUUGAAGAUCUGAGCAACCUCAAGUCCCAGGGCUUGAACGAGAGACACACAGUCUUGAAUUCACUGGAAAGACUCCAGGAGGAGGUGGCGAAGCUGUGGAUAGAGCUUCGAAUGUCCAACGUCCAGACCCCAAGAGUGACUCGAGGAAAGACGCUGCCACCCACUCUGCCCAUUCUACCCAUUGUGCCUGCAACAGUGCCCACCCCAGGGCCAGCCACAGCGCCCACCACAGCACCCACCAUGGUGCCCGUCGCAGUGCCCACCACAGCACCCACCAUGGUGCCCGCCGAAGUGCCCACCACAGUGCCCACCAUGGUGCCUGCUGCAGUGCCCACCACAGUGCCAGCCACAGCGCCAGCCACAGUGCCCACCACAGCUGCCCCCCUGAGCCUCUCCUCCACCCCAGGCUCCAUGUGUAACAUGUGCCCCGAGAAGUGGGUCAAUUUCCAACGGAAGUGCUACUACUUCGGUGAGGGCGCUAAGAGGUGGAUCCAGGCACGGUUGGCCUGCAGCAAACUCCAAGGGCGGCUGGUUAGCAUCCACAGCCAGGAGGAGCAGGACUUCCUGGUCAAGCACAUCAACAGAAAGGAGUCCUGGAUUGGCCUUCGGGACCUGAACAUUGAGGGGAACUUUGUCUGGAUGGAUGAGAACCCUGUGAACUAUAGCAAUUGGCGGCCAGGGGAACCCAACAACGGGGGUGAAGGCGAGGACUGCGUGAUGAUGCUGAGCUCCGGGCAGUGGAAUGAUGCCUUCUGCAACAGCCUUCUGAAUGGCUGGGUGUGUGAGCGGCUGGCCACGUGCUGACUGCCCGCGCAUCACCUCGGUCCCCCAGACAUGGAACCCAGACAGCCCCCUUCCCACCCACCAGGAGCACCCCUCUUUGUCACUCCCCCACCUCCAAUAUGAAAUUAGUCAGGCCCAGAGUGGGACCCUCAGGACCCCCAACCAAAGUCUGGGUGCUUCUUUUGUGGCUGAAGGGCCCCAGUGACAUUUUCUCCUGCCCAAAUGGAGGCAGCUGAUCCAUCACUGGCUUCUGCCAACACCCCAGAGGGCCUGUCCCUUGCCCUUCAGCCCAGCUGGCUAUCACCACCCCUCUGCCUUCUGGUGCUCAGAGUUCCCACAUUGAGAAGUCCUGCCUGCCAACCUGAAUGCUAGAAGCCCCCUCUGUGCUAGAAGCCCCCUCCCUGCUAGGGAGCCUGGCAGCCCUGCUUUCCAGGGAGCAGUGGAGGCCACCCCGGACCCCUGUGUGCUUCCUCCAUUGCCCCCACCUCACCAUCUGCUAGAAUCAGGCGUGGAUGCCCCAUCCUCCCCAGAUACAGCCUGUGUCCUGGCACCACUGGACAGACCCCCGGCUCGGGCAGCUAGGUCUCCCUAUUCCACCCGCAUCAGUAACAUGGGGGACAACAUGUGCCCCCCAUGCGCCCCUCCGCCUCUCUGGCUCUGGUUUCCAGGUAUGAAUUGUGGGAGCUGGGAAUUCCAGAGCCUGGUGCCUGAGGCCAUCUCUGAAUAUCGGAAACAACUGAAGUGGCAUUUGUACCUUCCUACCUUUUUCCCUACUUCAUUACAAGAAGCAUUUACUAGGCAGAGCUGCAGACGAAGACUCUGGGAUCCGAUGGAGCAGAGAAAAGCCCUAGACCCCCAGAAUAUUACAGGACAAAGCCGUGGACCACCCUGAGCCUAGUUCCCCAGCCCAGGCUGCUUGGGAAAGGGUCCGAGUGGUCAGAAUGGGCCCGGUACACAAAAGACACUCAGCAAGCACU